AUGUUACGUAACAGUCGCUCCAAAUAUUUCGACUCUAUUUGUUCCAGCCGUGGACUUAAUCCCAAACGCUUCUGGUCCCUGUUCAAGUUCAAUAAUAAGACACGGAACAUUCCUCAAAAGCUCUCGGUGAAAGUAACUGAAACCAAAAGAACAUCCGCAGGAAAUCCAGCAGAUAUUGCUGCGCUGUUCAACAACUACUUCACAUCUAUAUUUACCACCGAUCCAAAUAUCGAAAACUACAGCUCUGACGCUCUUCCAUAUCAGUCUAACAAUACUAUCAUCGAGGACAUUACCCUUUCGGAAGCCGAUGUUUUCUCCGUAUUGCAUAACCUCGACAUUAACAAAGCCCAAGGUCCAGAUGGGAUUCCUGCACGAUUAUUAAAAGAAACAGCUCGCCAAAUUGCUCCAUCACUAACCGCCUUGUUUAAUAAAUCUCUGAACACUGGUGUGUUACCACGCGACUGGAAACUAGCAAAUGUUGUUCCCGUCCACAAAAAAGACAACAAAGAGCACGUAGAAAACUAUCGACCAAUUUCGCUUCUUUCGCUUAUCUCGAAAGCAUUGGAAAGAUGCGUGUUCAAUAAGAUCAAAGACCACGUUUUCGAACAGAUUAACAAUGGUCAACAUGGCUUUGUUCCUCGGAAGUCCUGUGUUACACAGCUCAUUGAAGUCUUUGAGUAUAUUGGUCGUGAGCUGGAUCUUGGGAAACAAGUUGAUGUGAUCUACUUGGAUAUGUCCAAGGCGUUUGAUCGAGUAAGUCACAUGCAACUGUUGAAACGACUUCGUGAUUUUGGAUUCGGUGGCAAUAUUCUUAACUGGUUUAGAUCUUACCUCAAGGACCGUCGGCAGCAGACUACAGUACUUGGUGCAACAUCAUCAGCACUACCAGUAACCUCCGGAGUUCCACAAGGCUCAAUCCUUGGACCGCUACUGUUCCUAUUAUAUCAGAAUAAUCUCCCCAACUCCAUCAACCACUCGAAGAUCGCGACGUUUGCUGACGACACAAAGAUUUACAAGGUGAUAAACGCGAAGGCUGAUGCAUCCGCUAUGGAGAAUGAUCUUGCGAAUUUCCAAACCUCCUCUGCCAAUGCUAAUCUUCUCCUCAACACAGAUAAAUGUAAGACACUUCGAAUUACUAGAAAACGCAACAAAAUCGACCAUACUUACAAGUUGCAAGAUUCCGCUCUGAAAACCACAGAUUGCGAACGUGACCUUGGCGUCUGGACCUCCUCCACUCUCAUAUGGUCGAAACAAGUCCUCCACCAGUGCGCCCAAGCCAACAAAUCCCUCGGGUAUAUUCGACGGUCCACGAUCAAAAUCAAGACCAUCUCUGUUCGUCGGACUCUAUAUCUUACCCUCGUUCGUUCCCACCUCGCAUACGCGUCCCAAGUUUGGGCUCCACAAACUGUUGACCUCAUUAAGCGUACAGAACGCGUUCAACGACGUGCGUCGAAGUACAUAUUGAACCUACCGUUCUUCUGUGACAUCAACUAUAACCAUCGUCUCUCAACAUUAAAUCUACUACCUCUGUGUUACUGGCACGAGUACCUAGACAUAUUGUUCCUUUUCAAAUCACACCAUGACAUUAUUAACCUAAGCAGCGACAUACUACCUCACCCUCAAAAUUCAAGUCAACGUACCCGAUCUACAAACCCUAACUGCCUACAAUUUCAGACUUCAGCAUGCAAAACAUCUACCUAUCAAAAAUCAUAUCUAAUAAGGACUACUAGAGUCUGGAACACACUGCCAAUGGAUUUAACUAUUAAUAGCAUGGCAACUUUAAAGGACUUUAAAAAUAAGUUAUUAAUCUAUUAUAAAACAGCACUAGAUAAAUGUUAUGACGUUGACGAUCCACGAACAUGGAAAUCGGUUUGCUUAAAAUGCAACCAAGCUCGCGACCUGACAAGGCCGAUAACGUGUUGUUUUUAGAUUUAGUUUUCAGAAGUACCUUUUCACAUUGGUAUCUAUGGGGCCUAUUCAGGUUUUGCUGAAGGUUUAGGAUUGUGAGGGUUUCAAACGUCUUCUGACUCAGUCAGCUUCCAAAAAUGGAAGUGGUUCUGCGGGUCGCAAUGUGAAAAGUUGCAUCUGAUAGUUCGUUAGUAAUUGAUUCUUUCUAUGUACGUAUAUAGUGUAUUUGUCUAACAUUUAGGGAUCGCAGUAAUUGGCGCAAGCUGUUGCGAUUGCCCUGCCAGUUUUUUGUGUUAACGUUGUUUAAAUCUGGCAAAGUUAAUAAAUUGAAUAAACCUUUAUAUUGACGUUAAAAUCUCAGUAAAAUACUGUUUUUCGCUUCUGGGUAAACACCAUCGCUACGUUGUCAUUUUUUCCAAACAAAAACGGGAGAAAAACCGGUCGCUUUUAUAAUAUACUCGUUUACCGCUUUCGUUCUGGGCACAAAGUCUUAAAAUACACACAAAAAUCGUCAUAAAUCGCAAAAAGCAACAAGAAACAAGCCGUUAAAGUCGACACAAAAGCAUCUGAAUUUGGCUUGUCAAGCAGUUUUCGCUUGUUUUCCCGCGUUUUGUUCCCGUAUCCUAGGAUACGAGGCCUCGUCACGAUUUAUGAAUAAGGUCUAUGUUUGAGAUUAGUUAUGGGGUCUGAAGUGAAUAAAGUUGGAAGAAUUCUUAAUCUGAAAUAAAUUUUUAUUUUCGCUCAAUUCUCAAUGUUUCCCUUACUUCAUUUCGGGAAACAUUGGAACUGGUACAGGAAAGUAAAACUAGUACAUGUACAAGAACAAAAACUAACCUCAGGAGCAGACCUUAAGCGUAUAUGCAUAUUAAUAGUUUAGACGUUAACCGGUAUUGUUCAGGCAAAUGUUUCGAGUUAUUAUCAGCAUGAAUCCUAUAUUACUCACUUUCUUAGUCAGUAAAAUUACUACCUCAAUAUAUGGGUAAAGUACAAUAAAUUGGAUGAUCUUUUUUCCAAGCUGGUGUUAUGCAAUCCAACUAUAAUUCAAUAUUUUCUUACGUGUAUAUAUGCAAUUUAUGCAACGCAAUAAAUUGUGGUUAAUGAAGUAAUAUGUCAAAGAAGACUCUAUUUGCCUUAUGGAAAUGCCAAUCUGUCAUCAAAACUACUGCACUUGGAAAACAAGGCAUUACUUUCUAAUCAUGCUGCCAAAAGAGAUUGAACCUUGGCAACAGCACGUGAACACGUCAUGCACUUGGGUUUCAUCAAUCAACUCUUCUUAAAUAUAUCCGUCGCAACAAUACAAUGGCCCCAUUCUUAGUGAAAGACAUUUAGUUACAGGCUAUAUGCUUCACGCCUCAUUCGCAAUAUUCUAACCAGAGCGUAAGCUACCAAAACCUGGUAUACAAAAAAAAAAAAAAGACAAAGUAAAGAGAACCGUUUUGCUGUUCGAUUCCACCAAUCUUCGAACAAAUGGCAAAAGUAAUGCGCAAGAUCAGAAGAACAAGGACGGUACAGACUCACAGUUAUCCUGAGAUGCACAAGAUCCCAUGCCGGCCAUGCAUGCGGUGUUCCAGAACCAGAAUAUUGUCGCAGCUUGUAAUCCACGUUCUGGGACCUCAAACGGAGUGAGUUCGUUCCAUAUUGUUUAUUUACUUCCCUAAUAUAACGUUCUUGAAUUUACUGCUGUUAGGCUACAUUAGUACUAUGUAACGCAUUGUAACCAUAUGUUACUCGAUCUGGUCCUGUGUCAUGCAUGAGUCGCAUUUUGUAUUGUACAGUAUUCGUAGGCUAUGCAUUCGCGCUUACGCCAGGUUACGUGCUAUCUUAUAUUAUCUCUAGUUGCAUGCUCUUGCUACGUCAAAUAAUACCAUACAAACAACACGUAAUUUAACUGCAUAUGUUGAUCAAUAGAUGUGGUUGGAUACAUUAUACAACUCUCCAUUCAUUCGCCUUGCUUGUCUUCGAACUCGUGUCGCACCACUAUCGCUCAGGCGGGAACUAUUUUGGCGCAUUGACUCGAACAAAACAGUUUCACUCAGUAGCAUGACGGGUUUUCCUUGUAUGUCAUAACAGCUGUAUUACAGCCUUCUUGUACUGCUACUUUCUACUCGUACUAAUUGUAUACACUCUCUGGUAUAUAAAAUAGCCUCGGUCCCAUGAGGCUAUUUCCUGUGCAUAAGUCUUAACACAUUUCUAGCUGCUAUUGAUAGCCUACUUUGUAUCAAUUUAUGCCAGUCGUACGAACAUUGUAUUAUCCUUGUUAUAUAAAAGGACGGUUUAUCCUAGUUAUAAGGACGGUUUAACCUAGUUAUAAGGAUGGUUUAUCCUAGUUGUAAGGACGUACGGUUUGUCCUAGUUAAAUGAGAUGUUCAUGACAUACUUAAAUUGACCUCGAAGAAAUUGUGAUGAUGACGUCAACGUCACAUACCGUAUAUAGACAACAAUGCUUUGCGAGGACAGAACGUAGACCGCAUGGCGAACAGAGCAUGGCGAGCUUGAUAUUAUUGUAUUUGAAAAACAACUUAUAGUUAAUAAAGCUUGGAUAUUACAUUUGGCGACAAGGAUUUUAAAUAUUGUUUACUAUGGCUGCAAGAGUAGACCUUCCAUCGAUGCCACAGUUUGAUCCUCAUGUAGAUUACAGCAGUUUAGCGACACGAUGGGAACAGUGGCUUAAACGCUUUCACCUUUAUCUUCGAGCGGGAAAAAUCACCGAUAAAACACAACAACGAGCCCUUCUUCUAUACAUGGCUGGGCCCCAAGUACAAACAAUAUUUGAAACGCUAGCUAAUACUGGAGAUGACGAUGACUUCAAAACAGCGGUUGAAAAACUGACAGAAUAUUUCAUGACGAAGAAAAACCUCGAGUAUGAGAUUUAUAUAUUUCGCCAAGCCCGACAAACGACUGACGAAACAUUGGAUCAGUACCACACGCGCCUUCGAAAGCUUGCUACAACAUGCGAGUUCACCGAUGCUGAUCGAGAAAUUAAAACACAAAUAUACAAAGCUGCGUUUCUACGCGUCUUCGGAGAAAAGCGCUUCGUGAUUCAACGCUUACUCUGAGUGCCUUACUCGCUGAAGGUCGUUCCUUGGAAGUAAGUGAAAAACAAGCUAAAGGCAUCGACAAAUCCCUCGCAGCCAUCAAGAUCGACGAAAAACUCCCUACUGAAAUCGACGAUAGUGUGAAUGUCAUUCAACAUCAACAACGCCAACAACCGCCGUACGCUCGUCGGGAAACAGUGAAACGCAAGUGUUAUUAUUGCGGGUUAGAUUAUCCCCACAAGAACAAUAGCUGCCCAGCGUAUGGCAAAGAAUGCUCGUUUUGUCAUAAGAUGAAUCAUUUUGCAAAGGUUUGCAAAAGUAGUCAAAAUCAAGAUCGAAAUAAAUUUCCUCGACAGCCUCGCUCAUCACGCCAAUUCAACAACUCGUCAAUUAACACUGUUAAUAGACAGCACACUGACGAUGAAAGCAACUCAUCCUCGGAAGAUGAAUACAUCUACACGGUGAACACAAGCUCAGUAGUUGCGUCCAAAGACAAUUUGACUGCCAAAUUAAAGAUCAAUCGGACGAAUUUUCGAGCACUCAUCGACACCGGGGCGUCUAUCAACAUUAUAGACGAGUCGACAUUUCAACACUUAUGUAAACAAAAACCUAUUAAAAUACAUCGUUCAAAAGCACGAAUAUAUGCGUAUGCUGCACAAUCGCCGCUUCCUAUGCUGGGAGUAUUCGAAGAAAUCAUCGAAUCGAAGACAAAGAUGACAACCGCCAAAUUUCACGUCGCAAAAGGGGACAAUGGCAACUUACUUUGCUCAGAAACUGCAGCAGAACUCGGAUUAAUAACAUUGAACAUACACAAUGUAAACAAAGACAAACCGGAAGUAAAUGCAACUACAAAAGUAAACACAACUGUGAAAGUGCCAAACGAAUUCACACCUGAGGCAGAAGCCACUGAAUUCAUUCAAAGUCUGACAAAUGAGUACGAGGACUUAUUCAGAGGAAUUGGGUGCCUGAAAAACUUCGAACUUAAGCUACACAUAGACCCUAACGUCAAGCCAGUUGCGCAACCAGAAAGGCGUAUACCGUUUCACAUCCGGGAGAAAGUAACUAACGAACUGGACAAAUUAACAGAGCAAGGUAUCAUCGAGCCCUGUUCUGGCCCAACUCCCUGGGUCUCGCCCCUAGUUGUAGUACCAAAACCGAAGAACCCAGAAGAAACAAGAAUAUGUGUUGACAUGCGUAUGCCCAAUACAGCGAUAAUCCGUGAGCGCCAUCCCAUGCCUACUGCUGACGAACUUAUCCACAAGCUAAAUGGUGCAAAAGUCUUCUCAAAACUCGAUCUUCGCCACGGAUACCACCAAAUUCUCUUAGCUCCUGAGUCUCGUUACAUUACGACCUUUCGUACCCAUAAAGGACUGCACCGCUAUGUCCGACUUAACUAUGGUACAUCAGCAGCCUCAGAAGUUUUCCAGUAUGCUAUAAGCCAAGCCAUUGCUGGCAUUGACGGAGUUGUCAACAUCAGUGACGAUAUACUCAUAUUCGGUAAAACACAGCUUGAUCAUGACACAGCCCUUAAAACUGUAUUUGAACGAUUGCGACAAGUCGGCCUCACCCUCAACAAAUCGAAAUGUGCUUAUAACAAGGGUACAUUGGAGUUUUUUGGCAUGAUUUUCUCUGCAGAUGGCGUCAGCCCGGACCCAAAGAAAAUCGAAGCUAUCGUCAAUGCUCCCCGUCCAACCAAUGUGAGUGGAGUCCGCAGCAUGCUGGGUAUGACGAAUUACUGUUCAAAGUUUAUUGCAAACUAUGCAAGCAUUACAACGCCCCUUCGACAACUCACAAAGAAAAAUGCGAAGUUCCAGUGGCUACCAGUUCAUGAAAAUGCCUGGAAAACACUAACAAAAGCUCUGACUUCAGCUCCAGUUAUGGCAUACUUUGAUACUACCAAAUGCACAGAACUCAUAGUCGAUGCCAGUCCAACUGGUUUGGGUGCUAUAUUACAGCAGCAUACCCCAGGAAACAAAGACCACAAAGUGAUUGCCUAUGCAAGUCGAGCACUCAAGCCAGUCGAACAAAGAUACAGUCAAACCGAACGUGAAGCCCUCGCCAUUGUUUGGGCAAUGGAAAGAUUUCAUAUUUAUACAUAUGGAACAGAAUUUGUCCUGUAUACAGAUCACAAACCAUUAGAGUUGAUCUGCAAUAACCCUAAGUCCAAACCUCCUGCACGGAUCGAGCGAUGGUUCCUACGUCUUCACAAAUACCGUUUUCGAGUCCAAUAUAGCCCCGGGAAGGACAAUCCCUCAGAUUAUAUGUCUCGACACCCCCUGAACACAAGUGCAUCACAUCGCCAAGGCGAGUUAGCAGAAGAGUACAUCACCUUCAUUGCACAGCACUCUACUCCCAAGUCCAUCAACCUGGAAGAAAUUAAACAGCAAACGAAAGAAGAUGCAACCCUGCAGAUUGCUAUGAAAUAUAUUCAGAAUGGAAAUUGGCAUGAGGCACGCAACUUGACAGAUCCAAACAUAAACAAUCAGGAACUUAGUAUUCUGUAUAGCAUCCGAACCGAGUUGACUGCUAGUAAAGAUAAUGACCUGCUUCUGAAAUCCACCCGAAUAGUUAUACCAACAUCCCUGAGAAAACGAGCCAUCGAUCUGGCCCAUGAAGGCCAUCAAGGCUUAACCAAAACUAAGCAGUUGCUUCGAGAGAAAAUAUGGUUCCCAUCAAUUGAUUCCAUGGUGAAAAAGAUCAUCGAUGCUUGCAUCCCCUGCCAAAGCACCACUCCAGCUCACCUUCCAGUACCACUCAAAAUGUCAAAGAUGCCACCAACACCAUGGCAUACAGUGCACAUAGACUUUCUAGGUCCACUUCCGACCGGAGAGCUGAUACUUGUUGCAAUUGAUGCAUAUUCCCGGAAGUCGAAGUCGUACAUUCAACAUCAGCAGCAGCACUCAUCCCGAAGCUGGACAGAAUAUUCUCAACGCAUGGAAUUCCAUACAAAGUUGUAUCUGACAAUGGUCCUCCAUUCAACGGACAGGAAAUCAGGCGAUACAUGGAGAUCCAUGGCAUUGAGUUUGUAACAGUCACUCCUUUAUGGCCACAGGGCAACUUGGAAGCGGAGUCAUUCAUGAAACCAUUGCUUAAGUCCAUUCUAACAGCUCGAACAGAGGGCCGAAAUUGGAAAAAAGAAUUAUUCACCUUCCUCUUGAAUUAUCGAGCGACUCCCCACAGCACCACAAAAGUUGCCCCAGCCGAACUCCUGUUUAACAGAACAAUUCGCACCAAGUUACCACAACAAUACACUUCAUCAAAACCAAUCGACAAGCAUAUCAUGGCAAAAGAGAAUGAUCACAACUCCAAAAGUAAAAUGAAAAGGUAUACUGAUCAGGCGAGGCACACAAAGAAGACUCUGAUUAACGUUGGUGAUUUGGUUAUAUAUAAACAACAAAAGAAGGACAAGUUUUCAACAAAAUUCAAUCCAGCCCCUUACAAAGUGAUCAAAGUCCACGGUGCCACAAUUACAGCCCAACGACACUCUCAUCAAAUUACCAGAAACAUAUCCUAUUUCAAGCGUCUUAACCUGGGUGAAAAAGAGCGACAAUACCAUCUUGAUGAUCAACUGUCAGAUGAAGAAGAGGAUGAUAUAGUAAGAAACGAACAGGAUCAAGAAAACGAAGAGGAUGCAAGAAGGUACCCUGCAAGGGAUAGACAACGAACAAACUUUUAUCAUGAUCCGGACUCAGCAAUUCUCAGUCAUUAACUUAUGAACUGGUAAAUAGGGUCCAGGUACUAUUAAAAAAAUUUUGAGUUAUAGUUUUGCAUGUUAUGAAGUUAGAAAGUAUUAAAUGCGAAGGUAGGGAGGAGUGUGAUGAUGACGUCAACGUCACAUACCGUAUAUAGACAACAAUGCUUUGCGAGGACAGAACGUAGACCGCAUGGCGAACAGAGCAUGGCGAGCUUGAUAUUAUUGUAUUUGAAAAACAACUUAUAGUUAAUAAAGCUUGGAUAUUACAG